UCAUAUAAUACAUUGGACAUGUGUGCAGAGGUUGGCGUUGUCAUCGACCACCUGUCUCUCUCGAUUGCCAUGUCGACUCGAUUUCAGAGUAAACCGACGCCUACAUUGGAAGUCGGGCAUGUGAAGAGGACGUCCUGCUUCGAAGAUUGAACUUGGCUUACCUCUGCGUGGUCUAUAUGUGCCCGAAACUGUCGGCUAUGCCGAGAUUCGGAUUGAGACUCGGAUAUAGUAACACAUUCUUUCCAGCUGUCGCCGAGCCCGGUGUACCAUGGCAGGUCAUCCCAGAUGUCGCCGAAUCCGCCCUUGGCACGAGCGCGAAGGGCGCUCAUGCAAGGGUUCUGCCUGUCGUAUCCAUCGAAGAGCUUGUCCCAAGGCUCAAGCACCCCGGCUGCCGCAUUUUCCAUUGACGCCGCUCCUAUGGCUCCGACAGGAGGCCUCGGAGAUGCACUUGUAGAGGGGGCGAACUGCUUCGUGGAUCUCAUGCGUGAAAGCACGGGCGAGUUCAACUUUCGCUUGGAUGCAUCUCAGCAGAUCGCCCCGCCUAGCGAGAAUGAGGAGUUCACGCGCGACGAGGAGUUCUGGUACGAGGAUGGGAACGUCAUUUUGGUCGCCCAGAAUGUUGGCUUUCGCGUGUAUCGAGGUUUUCUGGCGAUCCGAGGUAAGUACAUGCUGGAGAACGAUGCCGAGUUGGACUGUUUACCCUAUCGAAUUCGCCUCGCACAAAAGUACGGCAUCGGAGACCUCUUGGAGGAGCCAAUAUGGCAGUUGAAGAAACUCUAUCCCACGACACUCUCCAAAUGGAUCGACGUACAACGUCACUACUCCCCUCGGACGACAACUGCCGUCAAUGUAGCCCGUCUAACCAACACGCCUUCCAUCUUACCUUCCGCGUCCUACGUCUGCUGCCAGCUUCCCAACCACGAUCUGCUGGAUGGCGCGUCUCACUCUGACGGCACAGUUGAAUCAUCUGUCGAGUCCAAUCGGAGCCGUUUAUGA